CCUCUUGCGGAAUCCCACAUGGUCGGCUGUUGAUGUACAAGAAGCAUGCCUACUGUAACUCUAGAAUCGCAGAAAAACGGCACCAUGAAUAAAGCUAAAGUAAAGAGUGCGAAGAAAAGAGUUGCUGAAGAGGACAAUGACCAGCUUCCCAUAUUUGACAAAGAUGUCACUGAGAAGGCUGGGGAAGAAGGAGAUGAGGACCUCUCAGAUAGCGAGGAGAGUGUGUUCUCAGGACUGGAGGACUCUGGGAGUGACAUUGAUGAAGAAGAAGAGGAUGAUGGGGAUGACGAAGAGGAGGAUGAGGAUGAUGCUGCUCUCAUACUAGAUGAAAAUCUGAAGAAUAGCAGUGGUGCUGAAACAUCUGCUGAGCCUAAGCAGCAAGGCAAAAAAACUGCAUCAAAGGAGACGAGGAAGAUGAAGAAAGGCAAGGGAGGCGCCAUUGAUGGCAGAGGAGAGAAGGGACUGACCACCACCUUCCAGGGAUUGGCCACCGCCCAGCAGGGGGACGAGUAUGAACACGACACCUCCGAUGAAGAGGACAUUCGUAACACGGUGGGCAACGUUCCCAUGGAGUGGUACCAGGACUACCCUCACAUCGGGUAUAACCUGGACGGGAAGAAGAUCUUUAAGCCCAUCAGGAACAAAGACGAGCUGGAUGAGUUCCUGGACAAGAUGGAGAACCCAGACUACUGGCGUACGGUUCAUGACAAGACGACAGCCUCAGACAUUCGUCUGACAGACGAGCAGGUGGACCUGGUACACCGCCUCCAGAAGGGUCAAUUUGGCGACGUCAACUUCAACGAGUACGAGUCGUCAGUGGACUUCUUCACGAACGAGGUCAUGAUUCAUCCGGUGACUAACAGGCCCCAGGACAAACGGAGCUUCAUCCCCUCACUCAUAGAGAAGGAGAAGGUUUCGAAGAUGGUCCAUGCCAUAAAGAUGGGUUGGAUCAAGCCCCGUAAGCCCAAAGAGCGCACCCCUCAGUACUACGACCUGUGGGCCAAGGAGGACCCCAACGCCAUCCUGGGGCGCCACAAGAUGCACGUCCCCGCCCCCAAGAUGAGGCUGCCCGGACACGAGGAGUCCUACAACCCUCCGCCUGAGUACCUUCUCACAGAGGAAGAGAGACUGGCGUGGGAGCAGCAGGAUGCAGAAGACAGGAAGCUCCCGUUCCUCCCCCAGAAACACUCCUGUCUGAGGGCCGUGCCCGCUUUCUCCCGUUUCAUCCACGAGCGCUUCGAACGCUGCCUUGACCUUUACCUGUGUCCCCGCCAGCGCAAGAUGAGGGUGAAUGUGAAUCCAGAAGAUCUAAUCCCCAAGCUGCCCAAACCCAAGGACCUGCAGCCCUUCCCCACCACCAUGUCCCUGGUGUACCGUGGCCACACCAGUCUGGUGCGCUCCAUCAGUGCGUCUCCCACCGGCCAGUGGCUGGUCUCAGGCUCAGACGAUUUCACUGUGCGCUUCUGGGAGGUCAACACGGGGCGCUGCAUGAAGACUCUGGAGGUGGGCGGAGCUGUGAAGAGCGUGGCGUGGAACCCCAACCCGGCCGUCUGCCUGGUGGCCGUGUGCUUUGAGAGUACAGUGCUGCUGUUGAACCCAUCUCUGGGAGACAGGCUGGUGGUGAGCUCCACAGACCAGCUGAUCACCUCCUACGAGCCCCCAGAGGAGGACAAGGAGCAGGCCGUCACCUGGGCUCUGUCUGAAGGCCCGGAGCACAACAAGGGACACCGCCUCACCCUCACCCACCCCAAGGCAGUAAAGCAGGUAGUUUGGCACGGUAAGGGUGACUACCUGUCCAGCGUCAUGCCUGACAACACCAGUAACCUGCAGGUGCUGAUCCACCAGGUGAGCAAGCGGCGGACGCAGAACCCCUUCCGCAAGAACAAGGGCCUGGUGCAGUGCGUCUCCUUCCACCCGCUGCGGCCCUACUUCUUCGUGGCCACGCAGCGCUACGUGCGCAUCUACAACCUCAUCAAGCAAGAGCUGACCAAGAAACUGAUGACCAACUGCAAGUGGAUCUCCAGCAUGGCCAUUCACCCUGGAGGUGAUAACCUGAUCUGUGGCAGCUAUGACUGCAGACUGGCCUGGUUUGAUCUGGACCUCUCUACCAAACCGUACAAGAUGCUGCGGCACCACAAGAAGGCCUUGAGAGGCGUGGCUUAUCACAGGAACUACCCCCUAUUCGCCUCUGGUGCUGAUGACGGCAGCGUGAUCGUCUGCCACGGCAUGGUCUACAAUGACCUGCUCCAGAAUCCUCUCAUUGUUCCCGUCAAGGUACUGAAGGGUCACCAGAUCACCCAAGAUCUGGGGGUCCUAGACGUGACCUUCCACCCCACCCAGCCCUGGGUCUUCUCCUCGGGGGCUGACACCACCAUCCGCCUCUUCACCUAAACCACCUCGGUCACAUCUCAAAUCACACCCUAUUCCCUAUCUAGUGCACUACUUUUGACCAGAGCAGUUUGACAAAAGCAGUGCACUACAGUAUAUAGGGAUACCUUUUAUCUCAAAUGACAUGCUAUUCCCUAUAUAGUGCACUACUUUUGGCCAGAGCAGUUUGACAAAAGCAGUGCACUACAGUAUAUAGGGAUACCUUUUAUCUCAAAUGACAUGCUAUUCCCUAUAUAGUGCACUACUUUUGACCAGAGCAGUUUGACAAAAGCAGUGCACUACAGUAUAUAGGGAUACCUUUUAUCUCAAAUGACAUGCUAUUCCCUAUAUAGUGCACUACUUUUGGCCAGAGCAGUUUGACAAAAGCAGUGCACUACAGUAUAUAGGGAUACCUUUUAUCUCAAAUGACAUGCUAUUCCCUAUAUAGUGCACUACUUUUGACCAGAGCAGUUUGACAAAAGCAGUGCACUACAGUAUAUAGGGAUACCUUUUAUCUCAAAUGACAUGCUAUUCCCUAUAUAGUGCACUACUUUUGGCCAGAGCAGUUUGACCAAAGUGGUGCACUAUAUAGGGGAUACCUUGGUUACAUUUCAAAUGGCACCCUAUUCCCUGUAUAGUGCACUACUUUUGACCAGAGGCCACAUAGGGCUAUAUCUGAGCAAUAUGUGAACUGUAUUUAAGACACUUACCAGUCUCCUCCCAUGUCCUCUGACAGCUAUCCCUGACGGAAGAAUCAAAUCAAGUGCCUGACAUCAUGUAUAUUAUCCUCAUGUUUAGUACUUUUUCCAAGCUAAGAGAACACCAACCACACAGCCAUAAUCUCUUUCUCUCCUCAGUGAAACUGAGACAGUAAAAAUAUGUUUGGUUUCAAACGGCACCUCAAAUCUGGCCUGGGCAGGAAAGCCUAUUUCCAUCUACGUUGCUGUUCUGUGCAGCUGACCUCAUAGCAGCGCAUAAGAGUCAAACCACUAAUGCUUGGACACUUCAGACAGCCCCCGUGACAAAAUAUACUGUAUGUUCAGAGAUUAAGCUUGCCAAUAGAAACAAUAGAACAAUGAUGUUGUGAGGACCCUGUCAGCCCCUGUCCUAGAAGGAUAUGUGUAAAUAUAUCGGUCUCUCUUUGUGUAUGCAACCAAAGUCAUGUCCAGUUGAGGUUCUGCAGGACUUGUUUCGAUCACAAACACUAUGUAUGGCGAUGUGUGAUCCCUUUUUUUUUUUUUUUUUGUAAAAUCUUCUGACUCCUUUUCUCGACGAAUUUGUCGGUCUGCUACAAGUAUUUCUUUUUAAUUAAAACUGGUGUUCCCUGAA